AUGGUAGCAGCAGGGUUGUACCCGUGGUCAACAGCCGAAUCUCUUAUGCGAAAUGCCCGAAGAAGAUCUUUGCCUAGAUUGCCUAAUUCAUUAGUAGACUUGGCAACUCUAUUUGACAAGGGCCAGCUUAAUCGGUUUUCUUGCUGUGACUCUUCGUUUUUUAGAGAAUGUGUUAGAGAUGUGGAUGGCAGAAGUAGCAUCAUUUUUGGAUGCAUGAAUUUAAUAGUUAGUGUUCUACAACAUGGUGUGACAGAGGUACAUGCGGAUGCCACGUUCAAGGUUGUACCUAGAAACAUGGGAUAUCAAUUAUUAACGAUUCAUUGUAUGAUCGGAAACCAUUCUAUACCUGUUGUCUAUGUUCUCAUGGAAAGUAAGUCAAGGAACUCGUAUGAAUGCGUUAUGCGUUUUGUUAAAGACAAUUUAUUAGCAAAUCUAACGGUUGAAAUCAUUAUGAGCGACUAUGAGACGGCUCUGAGAGAUGUUUUGAUUUCAUCAUUUCCGGAAGCUCGUUACGCUGGAUGCUGGUUUCAUCAUAAUCAAGCUGUAUGGAGAAAAAUGAAUAGUUUAGGGUAUUUGCAUCAUCUAAAUACUAACAAUAAUGCCCGUAAAGUAUUAAAACUUUUAAUGUCCCUUCCAUUAUUGCCGGCCAGAGACAUGGGAAACGGGUUUUUAUUAAUUCGUGCAUUUGCACGAAAUCAUGAUGUUCACCUGGAAAGAUUGUUAUCAUAUUAUGAAAGAUAUUGGCUAAGAAAUAUUGGUCCACAAGUUGUGUCAGUUCAUGGACUGCCUCGUCGGACAAAUAAUAAUAUCGAGAGCUUUCAUAAUACCUUAAGAUUAAAAUUUUCUGUUGCACAUCCAAGCUUAUGGGUAUUUCUAGGCACUUUAACCACUUUGAGCAGCAGUUACCAUUUGGUUAAUCAGCAACUUUUGAACCACUUGCGUCCUACUAGGCAUUUGAGGGCCAAGUUCUUAGCUAAUUCUCAUAGAAUAAAGAAUGCCACAGAACAGUAUCAAAUAGGACUGAUAUCGAUGUGGCAAUUUCUUCGGCGCUGCUCAUAUACUAGUGCAGCAUAUGAAUUAAGGCAGCGAACCUGGGCUUUGAGAAUGAACGAUCCAGAUGGUGAUGCUGAAUUAGACCACAAUAUUCCAGUUGAUGCAGUUCCACCAGCAGAUGCAGUUCCACCAGCAGAUGCAGUUCCAGUAAUUCAAAAUAUUGUUGAUCCACGGCCUAUGGACAAUAACUUAGAUUUGGAUAUGGAUCAACUUUUUAAUGAUCCACCAGGUUCACCGCCAAUCAUAAGUCCUCCAGAUUCACCAAAUGUGCCUCAGUCACCGGGCAAUAGAAACACGUGUAUGACAUGCUUAGUAGUUUCUUUAGCUGAAAGUGCACAGCAUUACAUUGUGUUACCAUGUGGUCACGCAUGGGUGUGUAACAGGUGUGUAAUGCAGUUGGAACAACAAAAUUCAAUGCCCAGAGUGUAUAUUUCUGAUCUCAGAGGGAGACAAUAUAGGAAAAGAAAUGAUGAUAAUUUGAAUGCUGCUAUUGAAGACGUGAGAAGUAGAAUGUCAUUAAGAAAAGCUGCUAAAAACCACAAUUCAUAUUAUUCUACACUCCAAAGAUGGGUUAAAGCUAACGAAAGGUUAGUCAAAUGUGCAGAAUGGGGCUAUCCUAUGAAUACUAUGGAUUUAAGAAUGAUCGAUAAAUAUAUAUGUGAUAAAAAGAGUUUAGUUGUAAAGCGGUCUAAAAACUAUAUGCCUGGUGUAGAAAAAACCUUUGAAGGUGUACCACUAUCAAACAUUAUCAAUUAUGAUGAAACUAAUUUAUCUGAUGAUCCUGGCAGAUCAAAGGUUAUUGCCAAAAAGGGUAUGAAAUACCCAGAACGAAUAAUGAAUUCCACAAAGUCGUUAACUUCAAUCAAGUUUGCUGUAUCUGGGGAUGGUUAUGUUUUGCCUACUUAUGUUGUAUAUAAGUCAGCAUAUUUAUACGGGCCUAGGAGAAAUGGUGCUCCAAAAAGAACACGAUUUAACUGUUCAAAAUCAGGUUGGUUCGACACAAAAUGUUUCGAAGACUGGGUGUUUACUGUUGCUAUUCCAUACUUAAAAAAGUUAGAAGGUCCAAAAGUGCUUAUAAAGGAUAAUCUAUCUUCCCAUUUAUCUUGUGAUGCCAUAAAAAUGUGUGCUGAUAUUGGAGCUAAAUUUGUAUUCCUUCCAGCAAACUCAACACAUUUAACACAACCGUUGGAUGUAGCGUUCUCAGGCCUCUAA